GCCCCAUCGCGUCAGUGUUGCAAAAAGCGGAUAGUGACUAGCAGAUCUACUUGGUCUAUUUUACCUCUGUCCUUUACUCUUUCAUUCGUUGAGCAGGCGGAAGGCCUGAGACCAAGGCCAAACUAUCCUGGCAAGGUUGGUGGUUGGCGCUGUGAGCUGAGUGACGCGAGCGUAGACCCACGACAACGACGUAGGCCGGAGAAGACUGAAGAGGGGGCUGCGGCGAUUCAGCUCACUGCCUGCUCAGCUAGCAGCAACAAUUUCCAGUGGUUUUGAAAAUAGAUUUCAGGAGGUGACGGUCACACACCCACCAACCCAUGCUGUCGAUCAAUGAAAGUGUCCUGUAGUGAGUAUCAAACGUGUACGCGUAGCCUCUUUCCAACAGCCUCUUAGCUGUGUGACUAUGCAUAUUAUGUGAAGUGAAAUAAGACAGUGUUGCUGUGUUACAGUACGGACUCGGUGAGUUCAUUGAUUUUGAGGCUCAGCCAGUUGUCUACCGCAUACACACGGUCUCGGUAUCAUCGUGUGUGACUGAUGCUAUUGAGUACUGCCGAGCUGAUUUCUCCACCCUUGCAGUUGCUCGUACAUGUAUCUCGAGACACAGUACUAGUAACGAUCGGCCACCAGUCGCUCCGACUCGACCGCGCUCGGUGUCGGCCUGAUCAAAGAAAGAGCGUGCAACGCUUUCUCUAUCACCACUCUCAACUCAAGUUCCUUUAUUCUGCGACGGGCUCCUCCUGGCAACAAGCUGGUUUGCUGAAAUAGUUGACGGGGUUGUUCGCCCUGCGUAAGGGAGUGUGCCAUUAUUGGUACAGUCCGAGUGACGACAGCCACUGAGGUUGGGAGUAGCGCGUAGGUUGUGAUCCGGGUAGCGGACAAACUGCUUCAGAACUGAACUCUGCAAGAUGGCGGCAGGGUCUGUUCUGCCCCCGACCAUUGUGCCUCUGCGCACACCGGAUCAGAACAGGCUAGGAAAGCAGUACAUCACGACCAACACACCAAUCGAGCUGAAAACGGUAACACCCGGGGCACAGAUCUAUUUCACAAUUGAUGGCACACGCCCGGAGCCUAAUCAACGCUUUGGCCAGAAGACCACAAUGCAGUACACGGGUCCCAUCUACCUCAGCACAGGCAAACAGAUGCUGAAGGCGAUUGCUGUUGAUAGGCAGGAAAGACAGAGCGCAACGGUGACGAAGACGUUCUUCGUGAGCUUCAGUGACGAUGAUGUUGAUGAUGGUGGCGAAGCCAAACAGGCCUCUUCUGCGAGAGCAUUAUCAAAGAGUGGUCCUCCUCUACAUUCAACAAGUGCAUCCUUGAUGGACCAGUUCCAGCAAACGACACGCUCCACGGGACUAGCUAGCAACAUGCUCUGCUCGCGCCCAUCAACCGGCGGAGCACACUUCUUGUCAGCACGGCUGGACAAGUCUCGGGCAUCAACGUCAGAUUCCACCUCACCAAAGGAGUUAAGGCCAGCAUCAGUCCAACGACCGCAGACUCCAGCAGAGGUGCAGCAACUUGGACAGGACACUGGCUACUUAAAGUGUGUGUACUGUUUUGCGCAACGCCCGGCCGACCCGUUCAGCCGAUUCUGCGGCGAGUGCGGCUCUCCCAUGCCAUCUGUACCACCUCGGCGCGCUAGUCCACCCGAGGCCGGAGAGCUUGGCAAGUGCCUCUACUGUCAUAGCAUGGUACCGCUGAAUGCGCCGCGGUGUAUGGUGUGCGACGCGCCCAUGCAGCCACAGCUGCAGCCUCAGGCCGCCAAGCGACUGCAGAGGCGAAUCAUCUGCGUCGGCUGCGGCAUGGCCAACCCACCGGAGAUGUCCGUGUGUGUUGCGUGUGAGAGCGAACUAACGGGAGUGCCGCGGGAGAUAACUAUUGAUGAAGUCAUACCAGAAGAGCUGUCGGGCCCCAAGAUAGCUCCUGUGUGCCAUUCAUGUGAUCGCCAGCUAGCACUUGACUCACGUUUCUGUGAUGGCUGCGGUGGCAAGGUAGUUGACCUGGCAAGCAGUGCUGUUGUGUGCAGUUUGUGUAACGCUUCUAACAGUGCACAGUAUCGCUGCUGCACCAGCUGUGGUGCUUCACUACGGCCAGACCAAGCAACUAAGCAUGACCCCGGUGCGUCUACAACAUCAGUGGACGGUGGGAAGAAGCGGACGAAGGACGGAAGCUGGCUGAUAGUUCCGCCACCGAAGCCGCCGGGCCAGUUAAAGACACAAGCCUGCCAGACCGAAGGUCUCUUCUUUCCCUCGGCUAAAGCCAUUGAAAACAUGAAGGGUUCCGAGGUGGAGAAGAUCAUGUCUCACCUGACGAUGCAGGAUCGUGCCACAAGGGAUCUCACUCAGACUAGCCCUGGGCGAGGUUACUGGCGGCAGCAGACUGAUCACAUCUGUGCACACAUCAAAGCAUACUCCCAGAAUUCACCAGACUUUCAAAGUGCCAUUGGUCAGCCACUUAUGGGACGUGUACUGGCUGCCACAGCCAGGCAAGAGGACCAUGAGUUGACACUCACAUUCACAUUCGACCUGAAAAGCUUGCCGGAAACUGGCAGCCGCAGCGUCAGUCGUAAUGGCACUUUCUCAACAUCUGCCAUGUCUCGGUCCGGUACUCCUCCGACAUCUCGGGUGUCGAGCAGCUCUGCACGGCCAGCAUCUGCAGGGGCUAGUUUAAGUGGUCUACUACUGGCAUCGUCCGGAUAUGAUCGCUUAACCGGGACAACGUCACAGUCUUCACAGAGCAUUGUCGGACGGUCAACUCGUUCAUUUUCGGUCGCAGCUGCACCGACAAGGAAAAAGGCGAAGACAACCACCAAGCUGCGGCAGUCGCCAGAAGACUGUCUCUUGCUUCGUGAACUGGCAGACCAGGAUGGCACAAAGGAUCGCGUGUUGCAGUUACUCAGGGAGGGUGCUAGUCCUAACUGCCGUGAUCGUCAAUCACUGCCCGCUCUGUCAGUGGCUGCUAGCAAUGGUCGCGCUGACUGCCUCUGUGCUCUGGUGGAUACUGGUGCCAAGAUCCAGCAACAGGAUGUCAAUGGCAACACAGCACUACAUGCAGCUAUAGUGAAGGGAAGCAACCAGACUGCUUGCGUCGAAGAACUUUUGAGAUGUGGUAUCAACCCCGACCUUCGCAACAAGCUUGGACAAACGGCAUAUGAUGUUGCCGUACACAAACACAUCCAGCCAUUGAUACGCUGCUUGGCUACUAACGUGGGCACCCAACUCCUGGCCCCACGAGCACGGACAAGAAACAAGUAGUCUAACAGUUACAGAAGACUCAUCAAGUUGACAUAAUCUUUUGCUCAGGACAUAAUCAUUAUUGCCUAUCAGGAGACUAAAACAAUCUUGAUGUAAAUAAAAUACAGGUCAUGUAGAGAAAUAUAAUCUCAAAUUUGGAGGAAGGCGACGUACAGUGUGUGUUCAGUUUGCGUCUUUUAGCUUUUAAACAUACUCGUUCUUUUCAGUAUGACUUGAAACGUCUUCAUAUUUUUCUUUCUUGUAGCUUCCAGUAUUUUGCAUUGAGAAGAACCAACUAUGUUGAUCGGAGAAACAUAAGUAAAGAGGACCUGCUGAGAGAAUAGCUCAAUUUGA